CAUGCCACAUCUACCGGGACGAGCCUCACCAGCGCUGCGGUACCGGGGAACCGCAAACCCCACCGCUCCGCGGCCCGGCGAGCCCCGACCGCUGCUUCAGCAGGGCGCUGAGGGAGAAGCCGCCCCCCUCGCUGCCGCCUCCUGCCCGUAGUGCGGCUGGAACGGGAGGUCUCUCCCUUCCACAAACCCGUCUCCCGGCGGCGAGCGGGCGAUCUUCCACCCACCCCCAGCCGUCGCCGCUUCCCGCCGCCCCGACUCGCCCCUCGCCUCAGGCGGCGCCGCGGCGGCAGGUCAGGGCAGCCGCCCGCCCGUGCGGCGCUGCGCAUGCGCAGCCCGCUCCCAGGCAUGCUCACUGGCGGGGGCGGGGGGAGCGGGACGCGGCGGCGCGGCGCUGCCCGGCUCGGCUCGGCUCGGCUCGGCUCGGCUCGGCUCGGCUCCCCUCAGCGCGGCUCGCACCAUGCGGCGGGCGGCCGCGUGCCUCCGGGCGCUGUGCCUCCUGCUCCACCUCCGCGCCGCAGGCUGCUUUUCUGGAGACAAUGACCACUUUUUGGCAAUUCAUCAGCGAAAGAGUGGAAAGCCUGUGUUCAUUUAUCACCAUGUGCAGAGUGUGGAGAAAAGUCUGGAUACUGACAGCUAUAAGAAUUCCAAACAAAAUUUCCAUUCCUCUUCCCACACCAAAAUAAGCAGGUUGCACCCUGCAAUAAUUGUUAAAUCAACCUUCCCCAGACCUGCCUACGACCCAUCCCUUAAUCUGUUAGCUAUGACUGGUCAAGAUUUGGAAAUAGAAAAUCUUCCUAUUCCUGCAACGAAUGUGAUUGUUGUGACACUGCAAAUGGAUGUAAACAAGCUGAAUAUCACAUUGCUUCGGAUAUUUCGACAGGGAGUGGCAGCAGCACUGGGACUGUUACCUCAGCAAAUUCAUAUCAACAGACUUAUUGGGAAGAAGAACUGUGUGGAACUGUUUGUGUCCCCACUGAACAGAAAGCCAGGAAUUUCUGAGGCACUCCCAUCUGAAGAAGUGCUACGUUCCCUUAAUAUCAACAUUUUGCAUCAGAGUUUAUCCCAGUUUGGAAUAACAGAGGUCUCCCCUGAGAAAAAUGUUUUGCAAGGCCAGCGUGAAGCAGACAAAAUCUGGAGCAAAGAAGGAUUUUAUGCGGUUGUCAUAUUUCUCAGCAUCUUUGUCAUUCUAGUAACUUGUUUAAUGGUUCUGUACAGAUUAAAGGAGAAGAUCCAGUUGUCACUGAGACAAGAGAAGGAAAAGAAGCAGGAGAUCCACCUCUCACCCCUUCCCUUGCAGACAUCUCAGUCUAAGACCACCAACAGCAUGGUCCAGCCUCAACAGACUCCAAAGGUUGUCAAUGUAGUAGUGGAUCCUCAAGGCCAGUGUGUUCCCGAGCUCAAACCUCCCCUGUGUGUCAGUCCGUCUCCUUUCAGAAUGAAACCUGUGGGGCUCCAGGAAAGGCGAGGAUCCAAUGUCUCACUGACUUUGGAUAUGAGCUGUUUGGGAAGUGUUGAACCUUUCGUCGCUGUGCCAACCCCACGGGAAAAAGUAGCGAUGGAAUACCUACAGUCAGCCGGCCGUGUCCUGACACGGCAGCAGCUUCAAGACGCAGUUGCAUGUUCUCAUUUACUUCAAACGGAAUUCAUGGAAAUACCAAUGAAUUUUGUGGAUCCCAAAGAAAUUGACAUCCCGAGUCAUGGAACUAAAAACCGCUAUAAAACAAUUUUGCCAAAUCCUCUAAGCAGAGUGUAUUUGAAACCAAAAAAUCCAUCUGACUCCUUGAGUACCUACAUAAAUGCUAACUACAUUAGGGGGUAUGGAGGUAAAGAGAAGGCUUUCAUUGCAACCCAGGGACCCAUGAUCAAUACUGUGAAUGAUUUCUGGCAGAUGGUUUGGCAAGAAGACAGCCCUGUUAUUGUUAUGAUCACAAAGCUGAAAGAAAAAAAUGAGAAAUGUGUGCUUUAUUGGCCAGAAAAAAGAGGAAUCUAUGGGAAGGUUGAAGUCCUUGUUAACGGUGUGCAAGAAUGCAAGAACUAUACUGUCCGUCAGCUUACAAUAAAGUGCUGGUAUAGGAAGAACUGGAUGUUUUAUUGCCACAACCAUUGGUUGUCAGCAGUUGAAGGAAGAGGGAGUUGUAGAUGCAUUGAGUAUUGUCUGCCAGCUACGAGUGGAUCGGGGUGGAAUGGUUCAGACCAGUGAACAAUAUGAAUUUGUGCACCAUGCACUGAGUCUGUAUGAAAGCAGACUUUCUGCAGAAGCUGUCCAGUGAAGCCAAGGAAGGUAAAACCGAAUGUCAGUCUCUUGAGGUAAUUUGUUUCAUUACCUACCAGCAGCUUCUUCAAGGAGUUUACUGCAGUGGGAAGAGUGGCUUUGAGGCCAACUUCUGAAAGGACUGUGGGCUGUUUGGCAAAGUUAUAGAGAUUGCUGGACCCUUACCAUAUAUGAAUGUACUGUGAGCUUCCCAAAAACGAUUUAUAAAGAAGGUACCGUACUGAAACUACACAUGGAUUUCGCGUAUAUAUCUAAAGGUGGGUUUAAUUCUGUAAUACUGGUAUCUGCCAUAUGGAAUGUAUGUAUGUGCUACUGCUGCAGUCAGAUGGACAUUGGAACUUCUACAGAAGAAAUGUUUAUCAAGUGUAUAAAUGCUUUAACGUUUGCAAACUGUCUUGUGAAUGGACUGUCAACUGUACUGUAAAGUGCUAUUACUGAUUAUGUGGUGAGCUUGUUUCUUGGCCACAUAAUAUUCUUGCUGCUAAAAUUGCAAGUGUUCAAUUAUGAAUUAAGAAAAAAGAAGAAGAUGAGAUAAUAAAAAAAUUAAAAGUUGUUUUUGAAAAUAUUCAAAAGCAGUUAAUAUUUUAUAUGGAAAUAUAUGUUCUUCAUACUAUUAACUAUUAAAUGUGUAUUUACUGUAGGUCUUACAGAGCAGUUGCAGAGCACAAUGUCUGUUAUUCAGUGUGUAUGUAUUUACUCUAUACUGUUAAUUGUCUUAGAACAUGCUUCUGCUACAGACCCAAAUCCAGUGUAUUUGUAAAUUGUGUAAGUCAUUUUACUUUUAAAAGGAACUUUGUAGCAUAUAUUGAAUGGUAAGGAUUUUAAAUAUUUGUCUGUCUUUUAUUAAUACGGAAUUUUUUGCUUAUGUUGUUUAUCUGCUCUAUCCCUUUCAGUAAGGGAUAGAUGCCUUUAGUGAUAUGGACUGUUCCACAACAGGUUAUACAAGAAAGAAAAUGCUGCUAUGACUGUUUCCUUUACUGUUCAGUAAGAGUUUGUUUUUAAGAGAAAUGCAAAGUUGGCAUUAUGACCUACGGCACUGGGAGGUCUGUUUACAGGGUAUAAUGAGUUUUUAAUGCAGUGAUGUUGACUUUGCUUCAUACUGCUAAUAAAUUACACUUGAUAUAAAA